GUAGUCCAACAGAGAUGGCCAGGCCUUCUCAUAGAGCAACAGGUGAGUUUUAUCUAAUCUUAUAAAUUAAUUGUCGAGUAGCGAUGCUAGUAUCUUGAAAAUAAGUACAUUAUUAAUUCCUGAAUUUUGUUACAGGUAUAUGCAGAAUUUUAUUGCAUUACCCAGGUGCAAUUGAAAGAAACAUCGCUGACAUCCUUGGACAAGUAUUCGACAGCUCUGAUCAAAAUGUACAGAGCAAAAGGAGGCAAGACGGCACAUGAAUUGAAAUCACUUUUAGAAUUACUAGAUGAACAGACUAUGGAUGUUACCACACACAAGAGGGCAACGGUUCUACAAGGACUACCUCUGUACUUAAGAGAAUACAAGAAGUUAUCAACAACAUGUCAUGAUACAGACUCCCUUCAAAUAUAUACAAAUGAAAUGAAGAUAGGAAUAUUAGAGGUUGUGAGGCACCAUGAGACCAAUCCUGGAGCUGCGGCAAUGAAUGUGGCUGUGGUAAUAGAAGGUCAAGUAGUAUCUGAAGAGCUUGUCGACUUCACAACUGCAUUUGUCAUACUUGUUGGUCUUCUGUAUGCUCGAAACAUUCAGUACCCAAAAGAACUGAAAUACACUUUUGAAACAGAUCAGAACAGCUGGGGUGGGGGUUUACGUAUUUCAAGCUGGGCCUCAGAACACUUUCAGAAGCAAAUCUGGGCCACCCCUGGGACUUCCCUCCAUUGGAUCCCAAGUACUCCACCACAGCUUAAAGAGAUGCCACAUAAACAUUGGCAAGAGGACUCCUUGGCUCUGAGGUGGCUGCUUAGCUCUACCGUGUCGCUCAUUCAAGUCUGUUGUGUCAGCCUGCUCCGAGGUCAACUGGAGACAUGA